AUGCGUCCGUAUGUGUGUGUGAUGGAAAGAGGAAAAUGCUUGAUGUCGAUGAAGCUUAGACCAGUGGUUACGAGGCGAUAUUCUGACGCGGCUUUUCUCUUGCCGUUUGGGGAAGAGAGAGCGUUUGCGGCGGCUGAAGAGUAUGGCGGUGGAGGCGGUUGCAUGUGGCCGCUGAGGUCUUAUUCGUGCAGUUUCUGUGGGAGAGAAUUCAAGUCGGCGCAAGCACUAGGCGGUCACAUGAACGUUCAUCGAAGAGACCGAGCUCGUCUGAAACAACAAUCAUUAUCAUCUUCAUCAACUGAUCAAGCCACGCCUCUUGAUCAUGAUCAUCAACAACAAAACGAAGUUCUUGAUGUGGGAACGAAGGUUCUUGUCCAAGAAGAUUCAAGAAAGCACAAUGGAAACAAGAGGGAGAUAAAUGAUGUUUGUAACAAUAAUGUUUUAAAAAGCUCAAUGAAAAGAUUUGAGCAUUACAAUGAUGAAGUCAAGACUGAAUUAUCAGUCGGUCUAUUGAGUUCUGAGUUUGAUCCUAAGCAGAAGCAAUUAAACAAUGGAUUUUCGUCGUCAAAGAAGGCAAAGACGGAUGUUUCAAGAUUGCCAAUGAUGUUAGAGUUGGUAAUUGGAGUCUCCAAGAUCAACGGUCAUCACGAGGAGUUGGAUCUUGAGCUAAGGCUAGGAGCUGAUCCGCCAAAGGUUAACUAG